AUGUUGACAUUCAUUCAUGUCUAUAUUUUCUUUCUCCUUUUUGUCUUUAUUUCCUCCUUUUUUGCUUGCUUCUUUCUUUCAUCUUUCUUUCUUUCUUUCUAUCUUUCUUUCUUUCUUAACUUCUUUCUUUCUAUCUUUCUUUCUUCUUUCUUUCUUUCCUUCUUUCUUUCUAUCUUUCUUUCUUCUUUCUUUCUUUCCUUCUUUCUUUCUAUCUUUCUUUCUUCUUUCUUUCUUUCCUUCUUUCUUUCUAUCUUUCUUUCUUCUUUCUUUCUUUCCUUCUUUCUUUCUAUCUUUCUUUCUUUCUUCUCAACUUUUUUCACAAUUUCAUUUUCUUACCUUUUCUCACGAUCGUUUUACUUUUCCUGUUGCGGUCUCUUUUUUUAUUUUUUUUCCACUCUUUUCUCGCCUGUUGUCCCCUUUUAUCCGAUUUCUCUUUAUUUUUUUUAUUAUCCACACCUUCAUCAUAUAUUCUUUUUCUUCUUUUAUUUCCUUUCGAUAUAUUAUUUAAUAAUUUCUAAUUCCUUAUUCCUGUUUUUUUAUUCUUUUUCUCUUCGCAAUAUUAUUCCUUCUUUUCUAUUCCUUUUUUUUAUUUUCUUCCAUCUGCUUCCCUUUGUUUUUUUCUUCUUGUGUUCCUUUCAUUCUUCAUCCUUUGAUCAUGCUUAUUUCGGCCAUCAUUUCAUUUUAUAUUCUCCUAAAUUGUUUUGCAAUUUUCCUUGCUUUUUUCCGACAAUCCUUUCCACCAUUAUUCUUCUUUGCCACUUUCAAAUUGAAACUCUAAUAGCAUCUCAAAGAACUGCUGACACUUACAAAGCAAUUUCUUUCCUGUUUAUGCGCUUCUCUCGUUUAUUUGACGAUUUCAAUCGCUUUAUUUUAUUUCCUUCUCAAAUGCAAAUUUAA